UUCCCGACGUGCGCGCAACAAGACCUAAGAUCCCAGUAGAGCAGAGAGGAGCCCGCUUCCCGCGCUUGCUGCUCACUAAGUUUAACUAAUUACUAUCGCGAGAUAUAAAAUGAUCCGCGAGUCGUUGUCAUUGUAAUAAUCAUCAUGUCGAAGCCCUUCACGGGCGACAUUACUGCUCCAUAAAGUCCACAAGGAGAUGCAAGUGUGUAGUAUGUUUCUGCCCCUGUUGCGACGCCAAACUGCAUUUGCGGCCAGCACGCCGCUCGAUCCCUAGAUCGCCUUCACCCCUGUCCAUUGACUCAGUUCUCCUAGAGGUGGACAAUCGGUCCACCCACCCGAUUUUUUUUUCGGAGCGCCAAACAAGCGUUUUCCAAUGAUGCAAAUCCCAUUCACUCGGAUAUUCGAAGUAAUUUUCGUGCUGUCAACAAUUGUCGUCGUCACAAAUUGUUGUUCGAGCCGGAUCUUACUGCUCCGAGAGCAUACGCUGAAAAUUGUGCAGCAUCAGCACAGCCACAUGCACGAGCACGCCCACGAGCUGCAGCAGCAGAUCCAGGAGACUGCGGUUGAGCUGCUCAAUCGCCUGGAGCUGCAGCGCAAGCAGCUGGAGAAUUCCGACCAGGAGGAGGCGGCGGCAGAGCAACUGCGUCCCGAAACGCAUCCCGACCAGGAGACGCAAACCCAACAGCCAGUCGUGGAGGAGGACGCCGACUCUGAGGACCACAGACUCAUGGAUCCUGCCGAGGAAACGGAUUUCUUCCAGUCCAGUACUCCAACCUGGUUGGCUAGCGAUAGUAGUACACCAACCGCCGCCUCCGAAACUGUGACAACACCCGAAACCGUCACGCACACAGGAGAACCGCCACCUGACCAGAGCUCAUCCAGCCAUCCGGCUGUAUCCAGCACCCCCAUCCCGGUGAUCAAAGAGACCGAGAUUCAGAUGCUGCCCUGCAGCGAGGCCUACAACACGAGCUUCUGCCUGAACGGCGGCCACUGCUUCCAGCAUCCCAUGGUCAACAACACGGUCUUCCACUCCUGCCUCUGCGUGAACGACUACGAUGGCGAGAGGUGCGCCUACAAGAGCUGGAAUGGUGACUACGUCUACACGCCCUCGACGGUGCAGCGGAAGGUCCGGAUGGCGCACAUCGUCUUCUCCUUCCCCGUGCUCAUCAUGCUCUCCUCGCUCUACGUGCUCUUCGCGGCCGUCUUCAUGCUCCGCAACGUGCCGGACUAUCGCCGGAAGCAGCAGCAACUACACCUGCACAAGCAGCGCUUUUUCGUCACUUGUUGAGGGAGCAUCCUCCGGGAGAGGUCCUCCACUCGGUUCAGAUUUGAUUUGGAAACAACUUUGGUUUCGCCUAUAUGGGACUCUCCUUUUUUGUUGGUUGGCAAUUGGUCGACCAUUUCAUUACGUUGCGCAGCGCAAAGUUAACGCUUUAAUUUAUUGAAUACAUUUUAGUGUACUUAGUAGGAUUUUCUAUUUAGUUGCAAAAGACGCACAAUUAGUAUUUGCUUUUCUAUAUCAUUUCUUAGUUUCGUUUGUUUCGCUUUUGAAGCUUUCGUUGGAGCUUUGUAGUUCGUUUUGUAGUAACAUUUUGUUACGUUAAAUUAACCAUUUACGAAAUAUUAAGAACGUACUUAGAACAUAAUCUUAGCGCUUACUCCAUUUACCAGGACAAAGGAUUACUUUCUCGUAACACUCGGUUACAUCGUGUAUAUUGUAAAGGAAAACUAUUUUUUGUAGUGUAUUAAAGAGGAUUGGGACUCGACUCGAAAACAGAACUAAA